GUCUGGUUUGCAUCAAUCGGAGUAGAGGAAGGCUUCCAAAUCGUCCGAUCAGAACGCGACCUCGCAGGAACGGAUUUACUCUUCUAAGAAUCGAAUUAGCCGGAAAACACCCGUUCUAGGGGCUGUUUUCGUAUCAACGAUUAGGGGUUGAAAUAGCAACUUGAGGAGGCUGUUUAGCACCCAUUUUCAAGCAAGGAACUAGUUCUCAAUCUUCCUUGGCCGAGGCUUUGGUCAUUGGAUCGAGAAGGAAGGUUUUAAAGCUCAUUUGAGGUUGAGGCUAGAGCUUGCUUCCUGUGCUCGUUGCUCGAGAGAUCAUAUAGGAGGGAAGACUUGAAAUGGACCGUGGUGGCAGGAUUACUAGGAGAAACCCGACGGGCCGUGUACCAGUGGAGACUGGACAGGGCAGUCGAAGGACCUCUAGGGCAUCUAGAGGAGCUGGCCGUGGAGGCCGAUCACAGACCGUGAGUGACGGUCAUGUUGACACAGAAAGUGAAACCUACCGGUCCUAUGAGGACUCGACUUACCAACCGGAGACCGAGCCGGUUGAGACCCCUUACGAAGGGGAUGCCGAUGAUAUAAGUGAUGAAGAAGGGGAGAAUGACUCCCUAGCCAGAAUUGAGGCGCUGCUCCAGCAAUACCAGCGGGAGCGCGAGGAAAGGAGGGAACGCCGAAGGCGCCGAGGAGGGCGAACUUCGGGUGGGGCUUCAAGAGGAAGAAGCCAUGGCGACUCUAGGGCCCACAUUGAACCACAUGGGGGCCGGGGUGAUGGAGGUCCGAUCAUAAGGAUCUCCAAAUACCUCAAAGAGGCACGAGACUUGGGGUGCAAACCCUUCAACGGAGCGGGUGACAUCUCGGUUGCCGCCGAAUGGAUCAAGAGGUUGAACGAAGCAGCCCUUGAUAUGCAACUCACCCCCGAAUUUAAACUAAGGGUGGCGGUGAGGUUGCUUGAAGGGAUGGCAUCCACAUGGUGGGACGGAGCCAAGGGAAAGUAUGGCAAUACCGUGACUUGGGAGGAGUUCCGACAGGAGUUCUUUGCCCAAUACUAUUCUGAUUUUGAGGUGAACAAUAAGAGGAGAGAGUAUACCCUCCUGACCCAAGGUGGCACGAUGACGGUGAGGCAACUUGAACACAAAUUCAGGGAACUCGCGGAAUUCAUACCGGAGUACAUAUGUGAUGAGAACCGGAUGGUGAAUCACUUCUGGGAUGCCUUGGACCUUGACAUACGCGAGAGGGCAACACAAUUGCCUAAUAUGACGUUUAAUCAAGUGGUUGAACAAGGCCUGAAGGGAGAGAAGGAGUGGGAGGAAAGAAAACGAAGGAACGCCGAGGAGGCGAAGAAGAGGAAGUGGGAGAGUCACGGCUCCCAAGGUUCCAACAAAAAGGGGAACCAUGGAGGGGGAUCUUUCCGUGCACCGCCGCCACCAUCUAGGGGGAACCAGGGCUCGAGCAGGCAUGACUCGGGGUCACAAGCCUCGGGGACGCCUCGUUGCUUGAAUUGCAAGAAGAGUCACCUCGGAAAAUGCCGUGAACCUCCUAGAUGCUUCCAAUGCGGGAAUACCGGGCAUUUGAAGGCGCAUUGCCCACAAUUGGGUGGGGCAAGGUCAUCGGGACCAAGUAGCGGGGCCACGGGGACGAGAAACCAAGCCCGGGGUUCCCAAUCAACUAGGGGGCAUGGAGGAGCAAGCGCGAGCAACGCGCCAUCGGUGAAUCAAGAAAGGACUCAAGCUAGAGUCAAUGCGAUGACGGAGGCGGAUGCUCAAGCUAACCCGGAUUCCGUUGCAGGUAUUACCUUUUGUAUACUUAUGUUUUACCCUUGAUUAGUCCAUAAAUUGAGGUUGCUAGUCGUUGGGAUCGUUGCACGAAGCUUUGGGGUCAAACGGAGCGAAAUCGGGUGAAAGACGGCUGAUUUCUGCCAACGCACACCAGGCUGGACCAUACGCACGGCCGUGCGUUGUCCGUGCGUUGGUCCGUGCGUUGGUGGCAGUAGCAACCCGGGAAGAAAUUGUUAUACGCACGGCCGUGCGUUGUCCGUGCAUUGGUCCGUGCGUUGGUGGCAGUAGCAACCGGGAAGAAAUUGCUAUACGCACGGACGUGCGUUGUCCGUGCGUUGGCCCGUGCGUUAGUGGCAGUAGCUCCGUUUUGAGGUUAUAAGACACGCACGCCGUGCGUGCCUCCUAGGCACGCCGUGCGUACCUCCUGGGCAGCCCAAAGUCGACUUUUUCGCGCCGUAUUGCAACGUUAAGACCCGUUCUUGAUCCCAAACACGUGUGUGAACAUAAUAAACCUCUCUAAAUGUAUAGGAAUGGUAGGAAAAAUGUCUUACAUGGUUCAUAAAUGUAGGGACACUAAAGAUUAAUGGGAAGGAUGCGCGAAUCCUUAUCGAUACCGGGGCGCAACGUUCAUUUGUGAAUGAAGCGUUCGCCAAGAGGUUGGGGGUGCAAUCCGCACCAUUGAUGCAAACCUUAGUGGUAUCAACACCACUAGGAGAUGACGUGGAAAGAACUUGUUAUUAUCCAUCUUGUGGGGUGGAGGUUAAUGGUCAAACCUUGACGUGUGACUUCGUACCGCUGGGCAUGAUUGAAUUCGAUGCAAUCCUAGGGAUGGAUUGGCUAGAAAGGAACCAUGCUAGGGUAGAUUGCUACACGAAGGUUCUUGAACUCGAAGGCAAUGAUGGGGAGACCCUACGCUUCGAGGGCGAUCGAGGGAGAUCAAAUAGCUGUAUCAUAUCCGCCGUGAGAGCGAGAAGUAUGAUGAGAAAGGGAUGCCACGCAUAUCUAGCAUACGUGGUUGACAAAACCAAAGAGGAAACGAACAUCGAUGAUGUGAGGGUGGUUUGUAAGUAUCCGGAUGUCUUCCCUAAAGACCUACCGGGGCUUCCACCUGACAGAGAGAUUGAAUUUGUGAUCGAGGUCGAGCCUGGUACCAAACCAAUCUCCAUACCGCCAUACCGUAUGGCACCCGCUGAACUUAACGAGUUGAAAACCCAAUUGCAAGAGCUUUUGGAUAAUGGUUUCAUUAGACCAAGCCACUCCCCGUGGGGAGCACCAGUUCUUUUUGUGAAAAAGAAAGAUGGGACACUUCGAAUGUGUAUUGACUAUCGUCAACUGAACAAGGUCACAAUCAAGAAUAGGUAUCCUUUGCCUAGAAUUGAUGACUUGUUUGAUCAACUACGAGGGGCAACCGUGUUUUCAAAGAUUGAUUUGAGGUCGGGUUACCAUCAAUUGAAGAUUAAGGAAGACGACAUACCAAAGAGUGCUUUCCGCACAAGGUAUGGGCAUUUUGAGUUCCUUGUUAUGUCGUUUGGGUUAACAAACGCCCCAGCGGCAUUCAUGGACUUGAUGAACCGAGUAUUCCAUAAAUACUUGGAUCGAUUCGUGAUUGUGUUCAUAGAUGACAUUUUGAUUUAUUCAAAGAGUGAGGAAGAGCAUGAAGAGCACUUGAUACUCGUUCUUGAGACACUUCGGGAGAAGCAACUUUAUGCCAAAUUUUCUAAAUGUGAAUUUUGGCUAAAGGAAAUUGGCUUUCUCGGGCAUGUGGUUUCGGGAUCGGGAAUUGCUGUUGAUAAUAAGAAGAUAGAGGCCAUUACCGAAUGGGAGAGACCAAAGAAUGUCAAGGAAAUUCGUAGUUUCCUUGGAUUGGCAGGCUAUUACAGAAAGUUCGUGGAAAAGUUCUCUGUUUUGGCGUCGCCGUUGACGAAGCUCACUCGAAAGGGAGCUAAGUUUAUAUGGGAUGACAAAUGUGAGAAAGGAUUCAUCGAACUGAAGAAGAGAUUGACCGAGGCAUCGGUACUUGCAUUACCCAAACAGGGUGUGGGGUACGAUGUCUAUAGUGACGCGAGCAUCCAAGGGUUUGGGUGUGUGUUGAUGCAGGAAGGGAGGGUAAUUGCCUAUGCUUCACGACAGUUGAAGAAGCAUGAGGUAAAUUAUCCUACCCAUGAUCUGGAGCUGGGAGCGGUAGUGUUUGCACUGAAGAUUUGGAGACAUUAUCUCUACGGAGAGACAUGUCACAUAUAUACUGACCAUAAGAGCUUGAAGUACGUGUUUACUCAGAAGGAGUUAAACAUGAGACAGAGACGGUGGAUGGAGUUGAUAAAGGACUACCAUCUAGUUAUUGAGUACCAUCCAGGUAAGGCAAACGUUAUAGCAGAUGCCCUCAGCCGGAAGAGUUCGUCUGGGGCAUUGUUGACUAGUUUGAGGGCACUGAGGGCCCAAUUGGAUGUAUCUAGCGACGGUGCCUUAUUGGCACGGUUCGAAGUGAGACCGACUUUACUUGAUGAGAUCAAGAAGGGUCAAGAGACGGACACAGAACUUAUGAAGGUCCGGGAACGCAUGCAAGCGGGACCGGUGGAGGAUUUCAGGGAAAGAGAUGAUGGUCUCUUGUUAUUUCGUGACCGAGUGUGUGUACCGUCAGAUGAUGAGCUCCGAAAGUCCAUCUUAGAGGAGGCUCAUUCAUCGGCUUAUGCCAUGCACCCGGGGGGCACGAAAAUGUACUGUGAUCUGAAAGAAAGUUACUGGUGGUCUGGAAUGAAGAGGGAAAUAGCCGAGUACAUCAGUCGGUGCCUUACUUGUCAACAAGUUAAGGCAGAACAUCAACACCCAGCAGGCUUAUUGCAACCACUCUCCAUCCCUGAAUGGAAGUGGGAGCACGUGACUAUGGAUUUCGUGGUAGGCUUACCACGGACUAUCAGGAACUAUGACGCGGUUUGGGUUGUUGUGGAUAGGCUCACAAAGAGUGCACACUUCUUGCCUAUCAACACUACCUACCCACUUGAGAGGUUAGCCAAAUUGUAUACGGAUGAGAUUGUGAGGCUGCAUGGGGUCCCAGUGACCAUUGUAUCCGAUAGAGACCCACGAUUCACAUCACGUUUUUGGCCGAAAUUUCAAGAGUCUAUGGGAACGAGAUUGAAGUUCAGUACUGCAUUCCAUCCACAGACGGAUGGGCAGUCUGAAAGGGUUAUACAGAUCUUAGAGGAUAUGCUGAGGGCUUGUGCAUUGGAGUUCCAAGGAAGUUGGGACAACCACUUAGCACUUGUGGAGUUUGCCUAUAACAACAGUUAUCAGGCAAGCAUCGGCAUGCCUCCAUACGAGGCAUUGUAUGGGAGGAGGUGUCGUACACCGUUAUGCUGGGACGAGGUUGGCAUGGCCAAACUCGAAGGUACUGAGUUGGUUGAGGUCACCAAAUCAAAGGUGAAAUUGAUUCGAGAGAGACUCAAAGCGGCGCAGGAUAGGCAAAAGAGUUAUGCAGAUAAGCGUCGAAGAACCUUAGAGUUUAAGGUUGAUGACGAGGUAUUCUUGAAAGUUUCUCCUUGGAAAGGAAUCAUUCGAUUUCAAACCCGAGGGAAGCUUAACCCACGAUACAUAGGUCCAUUCAGAAUUUUAGAGAGGAUUGGGGCCGUUGCAUAUCGUCUACAGUUGACUCCUGAGUUAGAGAAGAUACAUAAUGUGUUUCAUGUAUCCAUGCUUAAGAAAUAUGUACAUGAUCCCUCCCACGUAUUGGAAAAGCCGCCUGUAGAGGUACGUGAGGAUUUGAACUACGCUGUACAACCAAUCAAGGUCACCGAUAGAAAGGUGAAGAAACUGAGGAGCAAAGAAGUCCCAAUGGUUAAAGUACUUUGGAAGAGCGAUCGGGUCGAAGAAGAGACAUGGGAAACAGAAGCUUUGAUGAGGAAGCAGUAUGCUUUCCUAUUCGAGUAGAGCUGUGAAUUUCGGGGACGAAAUUCCUGUUAAGGGGGGGUGAACUUGUGACACCGCACCCGAAUGUCCUUGGAGAUUUGAUUUAGAUAUUCAAAGUUUAUGUAUUGGAUUUUUGAUUCCCGAACAAUUUGUAAAACGAUUAAUGUUCUACGUAGUGCAUGGUUGAAUAUCGUACUGUUCAAACUCGUACACUAGUGUCGGGUUUCGCAAAUACUUAUUCGGGACUUAUUAAUAAAUAAAAGAGCCCAACAUUACCUAAAUAGUGACACAUAAUCCUUCAAGACAAUUUGAGGAAGGUCGGGUGGCCCAAACAUUAUUUUGGGCCAACCUGCUAAAAAUAGCAAGUGUUCGAGAAUGGCGUUCUAAACCCACUCGGGAGUGACCCACACGGCUAGUAGCCCAAUAAUACGUAUGACAAAUGUCAAAUAAGUGAUUGAAUGAUUAAGGAAGAAUACAAAUGCCUAUAACCCCACCUUGGGCCUUAUUGAGCUAAAUAAUGGGAGUAGGAUUUUCCUUCUAUAAUAUUCAUCAAGUAAAUUAUUGGGAUGAGCCUACACAUAUUGGAGAUCAAUAAUGUGAUUUAGGAAGUUGACUUGUUCUAAGUAAAUUAGGAUGAGUACAAAAAGACAUUUUUGACAAAGAUAAAACAAUAGGACCCAUCUUCCCAUUUUUGGAAGUAUUGGUAGAUAUUUUGGACCCCAAAUUUAAUGGGAUCAAUUGGGAACCACUCCACAUGAUAUUAGUACCUGCAAAACAAAUAAAAAUGGGUUAGAAGACCUACCUUGGCCGGCCAUAAUGGAGGGGAGCUGCACAUGACUUGAUAGGAAUCAAAGCUUGGGCCACCAUCCUUAUUUUCGCACAAAUUGGUGUGCUGUUUGUCUCCUCUCAUUAUAGAAGCUAUACUCGACCAAACAACGUGAAUAAUAUGUCCUUGGAUAGCCUUUGAAGUCUAGUAUCUCAAUUGAGUGGUCUUUGUUCGAGGAGAGAAAGCUUAUCUUACAAAAAUCGAGCUGGAGUGAGUGGUGGUCUGUGAACUCGAGCUGUGAGAGUGCUGAGACUGUUUGGUUGAUAUCUCGAGUUAUACCAAUCCAAUUAAGGCGUGUUAGAUACCAAAAGAAAGCUCUCAAGACGAGGAAUCCGUGAAGGUCUGGUUUGCAUCAAUCGGAGUAGAGGAAGGCUUCCAAAUCGUCCGAUCAGAACGCGACCUCGCAGGAACGGAUUUACUCUUCUAAGAAUCGAAUUAGCCGGAAAACACCCGUUCUAGGGGCUGUUUUCGUAUCAACGAUUAGGGGUUGAAAUAGCAACUUGAGGAGGCUGUUUAGCACCCAUUUUCAAGCAAGGAACUAGUUCUCAAUCUUCCUUGGCCGAGGCUUUGGUCAUUGGAUCGAGAAGGAAGGUUUUAAAGCUCAUUUGAGGUGAGGACCGACAUCUAGUUGCUUACAACUUGUAGGUUAUGCAUGAGAUUACCUAAAUGCUUAAAUCAUGUUUUUGUGAAUAAAUAUGCUUGAACAUGAUAUGAAUGAUAAGUAAUGGACUUGAUCAUGAAUUGAAACCAUAUUGAUGAAUAUGGAGUUAUGUGAGAUAAAGGUAUGUUAAUAUGGUAAAAUGACCUUUCCAACUCAUAUAUGAAUGUUAUGUGUAUGUAAAUGUAUAGUUGCAUGAUGAUGCUUAGCACAUGGGAGGCUGCCACAUAUCUAUUGAUAUGGAGGGGCUACCAUUAAGAAUAAAUGAGUUGUAGGAAUAAUCUUAAUAGUAUUGUGAUGCUAGUUAAGGAUUGUUCUAAAUGUUGAUAGAAUCAAACUUAAGGUUUGAGUUGUUUGUGAUGAACUUGAAUGAGAUUCAAGUGUCAAGUGUGAUAUCAUGGAGUAGGAGAUCUAUGGUGUGAUUGAAUGAAGUAGGAGAUCUAUGGUGUGAUUGUAUGAAGUAGGAGAUCUAUGGGGUGAAUACAUGAAGUAGGAGAUCUAUGGUAUGAUUAUAUGAAGUAGGAGAUCUAUGAUGCGAGUGCAUGAUGAUGUACUCGAGCCUAACUCUAGAAAUGAGAAGUUAUAUUAGGGUUGGACCCUAUGUAUUGUCGUGACUAUUAGUCACGGGGUUUGGGAAAUGUUUUAUAACAAACACGGGCCUUUGAGCCGACUACUUGACUUUAUAUAAAGUAAGUAUGUAUUUUGAAAGGGGUAAUCUGGGAUUACGGCCUAUACUAUAUUAUCACCCUAUUUGAGGGUCUUGUGUGUGAAAUACUUGUUGUAUAUCUAUUAGAUGCCUGCCACACCAGCACUUUAUAGCCCUAUAGAGUGCUGACCCCUUCGGGGGCGUCCCACCACCAUUUUUCAGGUUGAGGCUAGAGCUUGCUUCCUGUGCUCGUUGCUCGAGAGAUCAUAUAGGAGGGAAGACUUGGUUCGUGCUUCCUCCAUUCUGUUUUUAAACAUUAAUAAACAUGCUCAUGGAUAUUUUACUGUAGAGCCUGCGUGCUCAUGAAUAGCCUUGUGUGGCCCUUUCGUUUUAAACAAUGUUUUCCGCUGCGUUUCGAAUUACUUAUUAUGUUUGUUUAUGGAUGUGUAUGUGUGAAUGAUAUUCAAGACGCCUUGUAUAUUAUGAAUGUGUUGGACUGCGGUUGACUAUUCAUAUUGUACGGCGGGUUGUUGACGUGUCCGGAUAGGUCCGGGGCGUGACACUUGUACUUGAACGGCUAAGGGAAAAACAACUCUUUGCAAAGUUCUCGAAAUGCGAAUUUUGGCUCAAAGAGAUUGGGUUUCUCGGGCAUGUCGUGUCGGGUUCGGGCAUUGCAGUGGAUAAGGCCAAGAUAGAAGCCAUUAUGAAUUGGGA